CCUCUUCUCCCUCCCCGGAUCCUUUCCUCGUCUUGUUGGCCGCUGAUGUGGCAUCGCUAGCCGGCCGCAACGAAUAGUAUAUAUUUAGCUGGGAACCGCUAGUUCUCUCGCGAUAGGCAACGCGCGCCGCCUAUCUUGCCGGCAGCACACUCUCGCAAACAUACAAGAUGACGUUGGUCACCGACCACUCCUACGCCAUGUUCUCGCGGCAUGAUCAACAAGACUUCAUGCUUUACCCAGACCCCCAUCAGGCCGGCUAUACCUCGCCGCCAAUGGAACUGCACAUGAGUCCCGCCGGGUUUGGCAUCCCCCGUAGCGUACAGGACGAGUUUCAGCCGGCCGAGUAUGACGCCGGCCCGAUCUACCCCGACGGACACCACAACUUCGUAUACAGCGGCAGGACGCCCCCCACCAUGUACCCGGACGAUAGCGAGCUGCCGGUCCCGCCGUCAAACCUGUCCACCGCGUCGGUGCCGUCGGCGGCGUCGUCGACAGUCGGCUCGCCGAAUUCGAACCACGGCCAGUUGGCUUUCUUCCCCGAGUACCAGCACACUGGCCUGGGUGUCAACCCCGGCAUCGUCGGUUCGGGCGACUACGUGACGGGCACCGAAUAUACUGCCCUCACAGGCGCAGGUAUGGAUGAGUUUAGCAUCACUUUCGAGAGCAAGCCUGGUUUCGUUGAUCCGUCACUAAUACACCACGGGCUUCGCGGUCCGAUGCCCCCACCACUACAGGGGUAUGAGAACCACUUCUCGCCCCAAAAUCCUUAUCCCAACUCUCCGGCGCUCUCCGGCGCCGCAUCACCUGCUCCGGUUGCCGGGAGAAACGGAAGCCAGUCGCCGUACGUGCCGACGUACCAGCGAUAUAGUCCCUUCCCCGCACCCCAGCCCCCGCCCAGGCGGCAAAGCCUCUCAUCCUUCCAAUCUCACGGAUCUCACGAGUACCCGUACAACGGCGACGAGUCGGAGAAGCGGCAGAGAUGCCCCCAUCCGGAGUGUGGCAAGUCAUUCAAGGACCUCAAGGCGCACAUGUUGACUCAUCAGAAUGAGCGCCCUGAGAAGUGCCCCAUCCAGACGUGCGACUACCAUAUCAAGGGCUUCGCUCGCAAGUACGACAAGAAUCGGCACACCUUGACUCACUACAAGGGUACCAUGGUUUGUGGCUUCUGCCCGGGGUCUGGCUCGGCCGCGGAGAAGUCGUUCAACCGAGCGGACGUCUUCAAGCGGCACCUGAUGGCGGUGCACAGCGUCGAGCAGACGCCGCCCAAUAGCAGGAAGAAGACAUCCACCUCGGCGAAUAGCGGCAAGAAGAUGACGGGCUACGCCCCCGACGCAACGGGCAAGUGUUCUACGUGCUCGGCCACCUUCUCCAAUGCCCAGGACUUUUACGAGCACUUGGACGACUGCGUACUGCGCAUCGUCCAGCAAGAAGACCCCGCCGAGGCCAUCAACGCGAAGCGGCUGGCCGAGAUGGAGAACGACGAAGAGGUGCAGCAGACGUUGGAGAAGAACCAGCUACCUCUGACGACGCAGACGGCCCCCAACUCGGACGAUGAGGAAGACGACGAGAUGGCCGACGAGGACGACCUGCCGGACGACGAGGCCAAGGCGAGGAAGUUGGCGUCGCCGACGAUGAGGAAGAAGGGGAAUCCUCCGAACGGCGUGCAAAAGUCGCGGGGGAUGACGCACUCGCGCGGCGGCGUGUCGCUGUCGGCCAAGACCAAGAGCCGCAAGAACCGGCGCGAGUACCCGUCGUCGUGGGGGUUCGACAAGGGCCAGAUGACGAUGAAGAAGCGGGUGAUGGCGGUGUUCGACGGCCCUCGGCGGCUGGCCAAGGACGACAUGAUGCUCUCGACGGAGCACGAGGUGCGGAUCAAGCUGUCGGACGGCAAGUCGUACGUGACGGACCUGGACGUCAACACGAUGAACCGGGCGACGGGCUUCCUCGGCGCGACGGAAGAGGAGAAGGGACUCUGGAUAUCGGACGAUCCGACAGAGGAGGAGAUGCAACGCAUGCAGGAAUACAGCCGGCGCUAAUCCGUACAUAUCGACAUAAACCCACUCUUGUACCGAUAUACUUGAAAACUACAGCACCGUGACGACUGAGACGAGGACUUGGGAUUAGCAUGGCUGGCGCAGGGCACUACUACUAUUGUACAUUUGGAAACCUGGUGGCAUUU